ACCCUUCAGUUCACAUUAAAACUUUGAUCUAACUUGUUGUAAAACGGAAAGAGGCAUAAAAAACCAACGCGUUAGUAGAAAAGUUAAUAUAUGAAAAUAUUUACAAAACGUCAAAUAUUGUGGAAAACGUCGUCUUUCCUUUUCGUCUUCUUAAUUAUUUGUUAGUGCAAUGCAUUUAACCAAGUUAACAAUGAUAACGGCUUUGCUAGCAUGGAUCGGUCUUGUCUCGGGACAUUGGUGUUCUCAACGUAAAUAUAUAACGAAAUCUCGUAUGAUGGAGGUGCCAAAGCGAGAGACUUACUGGACCUAUAAUUGGUUAAAUUUUCGAGUGCAGCGAACCAGAUACCGCACGGACUACGAACCACAUUAUUACUCUGAACCCCAAAUUGUGUCAGUUUGCUGCCCUGGCUACACUGAGAGAGACUCCACCUGUGUACCGAUUUGCAUACCGGCUUGUCCGGAUAAUAGUCACUGCAGCGAUCCCAACCGUUGUAGUUGUAACUCCGGUUACAGCUCCACCACUUCCUAUGAGGCUACCAUCGUCUGCAAGCCGAUAUGUCAUCCAGAGUGCCCGGCAUAUAGCACUUGCACCAAACCUUCUGAGUGCACAUGCAAUGAAGGCUAUCGAACUCGAACUCGACUCACCGCCGAUAGGCCGGAAUGUGCAGCUGUAUGUAAAAAUGGUUGUCCUUUGAACAUGUAUUGCCAAUCGCCAGGUCUAUGCGCUUGCCGCACUGGAUACACUUUGAAAUCAACACAGACGGGUGGCGCUGAGCUGACCACAGAGGUUAGCAGUGAAGAGUGUGUGCCAGUUUGCAGUGACGGUUGCCCUGCACAAAGCAGUUGUGUGGCACCUGAAGUGUGUCGCUGUGAAAAGGGCUACACUAUGCUCACCCUCGGGGUGGAGUCAACCAAUAGCAGCACUUGUGUACCAGUGUGCGAGGAGCAUUGCCCAUUGCACGCUAGUUGCAUGCGUCCGAACGAAUGCGAGUGCGCGCCCGGCUAUGAAAUGAGUUAUCUGCCACAACAUCGUCCCUACUGCCAAGCGCAAUGCCAGCAGAAUUGCAGUAUCAAUGGUAAAUGUGUGGCGCCGAACGUGUGCGAAUGUUUUGAUGGCUACGAGCACGUGAAUGACACACACACCAACAAUGAGCCAACGAUCUCACAACAGCCUUACUGUCAGCCCAAAUGUACGAAUGGCUGUCUGCAUGGCAUCUGCUUUGCACCGGAAGUUUGCGUCUGCCAGCCCGGUUACUUAAUGGGCGCUCAAGGUGUGUGUGAACCCGUCUGCACAAAAAGUUGCCAGCACGGACGCUGCAUUGAACCAGAAAUUUGUGCCUGCGAUGACGGCUACCGCCUAUCGGCGGCAGACUACAGCAAAUGCGAACCUAUCUGCACGAAAGCCUGCAUCAACGCGGACUGCGCUGCACCAGAAAUUUGUCUUUGCCGUGACAAAUACAAACCUAAGCACAAUGCGCACAGCGAUGCGCUCAGUGCACACGAAUGCGAGCCGAUGUGCAUACCCGAGUGUGUACACGCCGAUUGCGAUGCGCCGGACCAGUGCCGCUGCCAUGAAGGUUACGUACCACAUGAUAAUGCAACGCUAGCGCACGUAUGCCAGCCACACUGUGAACGCAGCUGUAAACAGGGCAAAUGCGUAGCACCGGGUUCAUGCUUGUGUGAAGAGGGCUUUGAGUUGGAAUCCACGGCAGAAAUGGAUGAAUGUGUACCAAUUAUGACAAGUAGAACAACAACGGAAACUGCAUUUACAACUCCAGAAACAACCACAAUAAAUAUACAAACAACUACGUCAUUAAUAACUUCUACCGCCUAUAUCGCGGACUGGUUCACCAAAAGUCUAACCGCAGAGUCUUUAACAACAACCAAUGAAGAGACGCCGGAGCCACAAGACAGCUUGGCGGGGUGUACAGAAGUGUGUUAUUGUUGGAAAAAGGAGGGUUCGGAUCUGUGCUUUGAAAUAUGUGGCUUGGACAAUGAUACGUGCAUUGAUGCCAAGCUCUCUCAUUGUAAUGAAGCAGACAAACAGAUAGCAUACACAGAUGGUGAGGCAAUAACAACCUUUACAUGCGGAAUAAACAGGACCACCUCAAUUCACUAUAGAGCUGACGGCAAUGAAGAGCCUCUGUGGUUGCUCAUUGCCGGUUCAAUAUUCAUCGCAAUAAUGCUGAUGGCAAUUGUUUACCUGUGCGUUCGUAUAUACCAAACGCGACACGAAACCGGCGCACACGAUAUUCCCAUACGCUUGCUUAUGAAAUUUUUGCAUUUGUGCAGCAAAGCAGCGACCGAGAAAUGCCAACUAAAACACAAAGGCGGAAAUAGGGAGUUUCCAGCGAAUUUCUCCUUUGGCGCCUCAACCGCGGCCUACCAGAUAGAAGGCGCUUGGAACGAAGAUGGCAAAGGGCUCUCUAUUUGGGACACAUAUACACACACGAAUCCGGAGAGGAUACGCGAUCGCACAAAUGGGGAUGCAGCGGCAGAGUCCUAUCAUCGUUUCGAGCAGGAUUUGGUGGCACUGAAGGAACUCAAGGUCAACUUCUAUCGCUUCUCGUUUUCCUGGCCACGCCUGCUGCCAAACGCCGACACGACGGUGAUUAAUCAAAAGGGCAUUGACUAUUACAAUAUGAUGAUUGAUAAGUUGUUGGCAAAUAACAUUGAACCCAUGGUGACAAUGUUCCACUGCGACUUGCCAGAUGCGCUCAACAAGUUCGGUGGCUUCACCAAUGACAUCAUAAUUAAAUACUUCCACUACUAUGCAGAAUUCUUGUACGAAACAUUUGGAGAUCGCGUCAAGAAAUGGAUUACCUUCAAUGAACCCUUCGACUACUGCGUACUGGGCUAUGGCCGAGCGUACUUCCCGCCCUUGGUACAUUCACCCGGUGUGGCCGAUUACCUCUGCAUGGAUAAUACACUGCGCGCUCACGCCGCUGCCUAUCGCGCUUACAAAGCGAAAUAUUUCAGUGCACAAGGCGGCAAAGUGGGCAUCACCAUCAGCAGUCGUUUCUACUACAAUCAGCAGAACGGUGGAGAUGAGAGCAUCGUCGAGCGCGCUAUGCAGUAUUCGCUCGGUUGGCUGGCUAAUCCGAUUUUUGGAAAAACCGGCAACUAUCCGCAACUUAUUUUAGAUGAUAUUUGGAAUAACAGUAUGCGCGAGGGCUUAUCUUGGUCGCGUUUACCCGCCUUUGAUGAAUUCUGGUCGAAAGUAAUUAAAGGUUCUGGUGACUUUUUGGGUCUCAAUUACUAUACCUCGCGGUAUGCGGAGUUGGCAGAUCCGGCUGAUGGUGAGAUACCUUCUUGGGAGUAUGAUUCACAAUUGCAAUAUUCGGUAGACGAGAAGUGGAAACAGGGUAAAUCAGACUGGCUAUACUGCGUGCCGCAGGGAUUGGAGGAUAUUCUGAAAUGGAUUCGUGAUCACUAUGACAAUGUCGAGGUCUUUGUGACGGAAAAUGGUUGGUCGGAUAAUGGACAGUUGGAGGACUCCGAACGGGUGGAUUACUUACAGGCUCAUUUGCAAGCAGUACUCAACGCAGUGAAUGACGGCUGUAAUGUCACUCACUACUCACACUGGAGCUUAAUCGAUAAUUUCGAAUGGAAUAUGGGCUACACCCAGAAGUUUGGCCUCUUUUAUUUGAAUCUGACGAGUCCGAAUAAGGAACGGAUUGCCAAAAAGUCCGCGCGUUACUAUAGCAGCUUCCGCUUUGUGAAAACUAUGUCACUUUUGCGCGCUUUAGCUGUCAAUUCGCUCUUAUCAUUUGCCUUUCUGUUUUGCUUUGUCUGCUGUGUACAUUUUGAAAAGUAUUGGACCACCACAACAACCACCGUCAAGCCGUGGCACAUACGUCAGCCGGGCCUAUCACUGCCAUUGCCCAACAGCCAUCCGUCCAAGUGUUGGCGCGAAGUGCCCGCCGUGUUUUUCCAAUUCGAGAAGGGCGUGCAAGUCGUGGGAAAUAGCACACUCAGUCCCUACUUCAAUCUCAUUGAGGUCUGUUGCAAAGGUUACAAACGCUAUGAUUUCGACUGGAACCGCUGUGUGCCGGAUUGUGGCAACAAAUGCCAAGCCAAUGGCUUUUGCUUAGAUGGCGGCAUCUGUCGUUGCUUCGACGAAUUUGUGCUCAAUCACCGUAACGUCUGCAUACCGACUUGUCCGCUGGGCUGUCCGCAUGGUCAGUGCUACUUAAAUGGCACCUGCAUUUGCCAGGAGGGCUAUGAGUUGGAUCCGACGCGCAAAUUUUGCAUGCCCCACUGCGAGUUUAGUUGUGCGCACAAUGAGAUAUGCGUCGCGCCGAAUAAAUGCGAAUGCGCCGAGGGCUAUACACCUGCGCUGCCGCCCAGCACCAUGGGCUGCCAACCCAUUUGCAUACCGGAUUGUGGAUUUGGACAUUGCGUGGCGCCGAAUCAGUGCGAGUGCUUCCACGGCUAUCAGAAGCGCUUGAAUGGCAGCAGUUGCGAGAGUAAUUGCUACAUGCGCUGCGAGAACGGCUUUUGUGCUAAUCGCACCACCUGCGUUUGUCAGAAUGGCUAUCGUUUCGACCAGAAUACGACCUCGUGUCUGCCAGUUUGUGACGAGGAUUGUGAAAACGGCAUUUGCCUUUCACCGGGCGUGUGUCGUUGUUUCAACGGCUAUUUGCGUCGUGGACCUAAGUGUGAAGGCGUAUGCGAGAGAUACAAAAUUCUUCGUAUGUCUGCCAGUGGCUGUGGGUUCUAUGGCAAGUGCAUUGCUCCGAAUGCUUGCGGCUGUUCUAUCGUUGAGGGUCCGGUCCGCAUCUAUCAACGCUGCGCUAAUGGAAAUUGCAAUGCCAAGGGACGUUGUCGCUGCAAGGAGGGCUAUGUGCGUUUCAUUGAUCAAUGUAUGGAGCCAGACAAGGUGACCACUUAUGCAUCAACGUGGCCCAGCAAAUUGAAUGAGACUUUGGUGCAGGAGUUCAAUAUGCUGAUCGGGCCAAUUAAAAAUUUGCAUUGUUGUAGAAGUUUUAUAACUAAAGUGCAAUAUUCAAAUAUGUGUAUCGUUUCUUAUUCAAUGAAGCUGCUUCUGGCUUUGUGCAUUGGGUUAAAUUUGAGCGCGGUAAAUGGCCAAUUUUGGAAACUGAAUAGCCCAAGUGAGCGAGAUCUGUUCAUUUUGGAGACGAGAUCACUAAUGCCAUCCGGGAUAUGCUAUAAAGAAGUGCUCAGCGAAGCCAACGAACCCACCUUAAAAAUGCAAACCAUCUCGUAUUGUUGCCCUGGUUACCGACGCAACGCUCACUCCUCGUCCGUGCACUGUGAGCCGAUUUGCACGGAGGAUUGUUCCAAUGGGAUUUGCACGGCGCCAGAUGUGUGUGAAUGUUACCCCGGAUAUACGCGCGCCGGCGGACGCUGUGAGGAAUUGUAGACGUAGAGGCAUUGACUGUGAAUAAUAAAUGAAUAAUUUUGAAAAUAGUCAAAUUUAUUUCGAUUAGCAAAGGGUGCACGCCACUUAUUCUUAGGGCAUUCAAAUGAAAAGGGAGUCGCUAAAUACACUUUGAAUUGAAGCUGCGUGGCAUCAGAAACUAGGUACAUCAUUAAGGCAGUAAAAUAUAGAUGCACACUUUUUUAUUGUAUACUUUUUUAAGCGAUGAAUGCAAAAAAGGAAUUUGG